ACACGACACGUUGCCACGUUUUUAAACGUAUCGCUUCGGCUGUAGAAAUGUUGGAUUUCUUCGUAAUUAUUACAAAAGGUGGAAUCCGUUUGUGGUGCUUCCCUGGAUCGACGGAUAUAUUCAGACUAUCCAUAAAUACAUUCUUAAAAUCACUUAUUCUCGAAGAAAAUGCUGGUCGCUCACCUUUUGUCUGUGACUCAAGAGCCAUGAAAUUCUACAUGGACAAUGAAUUUAAUCUAUUGUUUGUUGCUGCUUACCAAAAUGUCCUUCAACUUAAUUAUGUAGACAAAUUUUUAACAGAUAUCGCUCUGGAAUUUAGAGAUAGGUACAAGAAUCGACUCGAAAGUCACGAUAUCACUGGUUCGUUUGAGGAGUUUCUGCCUGUUUAUCAGGCUACCCUUAGGAAGACUGAAGAUGAGUUUCGCAAUGUUCGUAAAAGUGCCAAACAGAUGCGGAAAUUCGAGGAUUCCGAUAAGUCAAAAAAGACAGUUGCUUCUAUGAUUGUACGAAAAGGCAAGAAUGUUGAAAGUGACACCAAAGACGUCCCAGUUGUUACGAAGGAAAAGACAGUUAACUCUGAACCCAAGUCCGAUGAGCCAGUAACAGAUAAUCUCGAUACUUUGGAACAAAACAGACUUAAACUGGCCGCUAAACUGAAGGCUUCAAAGAAAAGUAAGGAGUCAAAAAGUCCAUCAGCAUCCCCCAUACAAAAGCCUAAUGGUAAACGUGUCAAAGAGAGUCGUCGAUGGGAUAAUACUGCAACUGGAGAAGAAGCAGCAGCCUUAGAUUUCAGUAGUGGAAAUAUGAAUGGAAAAGAAAAAGCUGAAUAUGAUUUUUCAACUACAGAAAUAGAAACACUAUCUCGUCUUCGUGGUACUAUGAAAGAUGAUUUAGACGAAGUUCAUGUAUCUUCAGAUGAGGAUGAAGAUUUAGAAGUUUUAGAAAUUGAAGAAAAUGACACUACAACAACAGCUCAGAAUGGUACUACUGUUACUGGUAAUGAACCUCAAAAAGAUUCGCCUACUCAAAAUGGUCAAGCAAAGACUGGCUACCUUUCUGGUAUAUUGCGUGGUCUACGUAUUACUGGGGGUGCUGGACGUGUCCUAACUCGUGAAGAUAUUGCACCGUGUUUAGAACAACUUAGAGAACGUCUUGUUGGUAAAAAUGUGGCUAUGUCAAUUGCUGAUCGUGUUUGUUCUAGUGUCGCCGAUCGUCUUGUUGGUACAUCACUUGGAACAUUUGAAAGAAUUUAUCCACGUGUUCGAGCGAGUCUAGAAGAAGUUUGCUCGCGUAUUCUAGUAUCUGGUCGUCGUGUUGAUGUUCUUCGUGAUGCAUUGGAGGCACGUAAUCAAGGAAGACCAUACAGUAUUGUUUUCUGUGGAGUUAAUGGUGUUGGAAAGUCUACAAACUUGGCAAAAAUUGCUUUUUGGCUUAUUGAAAAGAAUUUCCGUGUCCUUAUAGCUGCCUGUGAUACAUUUCGUUCUGGUGCUGUGGAACAAUUACGUACACAUGUACGUAAAUUGAAUUUUAUUCAUCCAUCAGAUCAACACGGUGGACAAAUUAUGGUUGAAUUAUAUGAACAAGGUUAUGGUCGUGAUGCUGCAUCAAUUGCACGUUCUGCAAUCAACUAUGCUCGUGAUCGACAUUUCGAUGUUGUUCUUGUGGAUACGGCUGGACGUAUGCAAGAUAAUGAACCAUUGAUGAGAGCUUUAGCUUCACUUAUUCAACUCAAUCAACCAGAUCUUGUAUUAUUUGUCGGUGAAGCAUUGGUUGGUAAUGAAGCAGUUGACCAGUUGGUUAAAUUUAAUCAAGCACUAGCUGACCACAGUUAUUCUGAUCGUCCAAGAACAAUUGAUGGCAUUGUCUUGACUAAAUUUGAUACAAUUGAUGAUAAGGUUGGCGCUGCUAUUUCUAUGGCGUGUAUUUCAAAUCAACCAAUUGUAUUUGUUGGUACUGGUCAAACCUAUUCAGAUCUACGUCAAUUAUCCGUGAAUGCUGUUGUCAAAGCUUUAAUGAAAUAAGUAGUAUACACUGUGUGUGUGAAUUCCAUCGUGUUGAUGUUGAACUGAUGGUCCUUUUUCAUUUUAUUUUAACUUAUUUCAUUUUUUUUUCUGUCUUUGUUUUUCAUUUGAUCAUAUUUCUCUAUUUCUUAUUACGUAAUGACUUACUUUCAAUGUUCUGUUUAUUGUUAUAUGAUUCAUUAUUAUUAUUUCAUAUAACUUAUGGCUCUGCAGUUAUCAUUAUUAUUCUCAUUUCUCACGACCCCCUCCAUCCCUCUCUCUCCUCCCCACACUUGUUCUUCCCAGUGUCAUACAUGUUUAUUUCCGUCUCAGUCCCACACCGCCCCACCUCCCAGUUCCUUUUUCUUAAUAUAUAUCACACAAAUCUCUUCUUCUUUACCCCCACCUCAGGUUAGUUAUCAUUAUUUUUUUCGCUAGUUUCACAAUGUUUUCACCACACAUUCUCACUUUAUUCUUUUCCUUAUUAUUACUUCUACUUUGUAGCAAUAUUAUUAGUGGUAAUAUUACGUAAUCUAUGUGAUAACUCCACACUAGGAGUUUUAUCUCUUUAUUAUUAUUAUCAUUAUUAUUAAUAUUGAUUUUUCUUUUUCUUGAGAUGAUUAUUGUCACUUGUUACCUAAUCAUCAUCAUCGUCAACAUCAUCAUCAUUACUGUGAGUGUUGUUAUCUUAUGCACAUGUCUUCUUUGGUGCGUUUGUUUGUGUGUGUGUGUGUAUGCGUGUUGUUCUCUCUGAUUCCAUUGUAGCCUCUCACUAGUAGUAAUCGUGAUACACCUAUUUUAUUGUAUGCGUGUAUGCGUUUUGUUUGCCUGUCUGUCUCUCUCUCUGUCUGUGUGUGUUUGUUUGUGCGUCUGGGUGUGUGUGUGCGUGUGUUUGUGUGUGACCUGAAGUGAUAAUAUAUCUGUACAUUGUAUCAUUGAUCUCUCUCUACAUUGUCUCUUUUUGCUGACAUGCAUAUAUAUGCCUUGGGAGAAUAACAGAUGAUAAAAAU